AGCUGCUUUGAAAUUGCCGUCAAAUUGAGUGGGGAAAUUAAAUGUAAAAAAAUUUUGAAUUUUAUUUUGGUUUGAUAUUUUUUUCAAUCUCUACCUGCAAAACUGCAAUAAUCAAAGGAAGACGAAGAGAAGGGCAAAUUAAAAAUGUGCGAUUUGGAUGUUGUGAAAGCAACUGUCGAUGAACUGAGCAGAAGUUCACCUUAUGUACAAAUUGUGGCUGGCGCUGCAAGCGGCGCUCUAACUGGUUUUGUGCUGCUUAAGGUUGGCAAAAUGGUGGCCGUUAGUAUUGGUGGGUCCAUACUGAUUUUCGAGUUGGCCAUGCAGUCGGGCAUAAUCAAAACGGAUUGGAACAGGGUUCUAGACAAUCGCUCGAAUCGGGGACUAGCAGCCAUUCAGAAUACCGGUGCAUCCAAUGCCAGAGUGAGAGGCAUUGAAUUGGAUACUUCUGAUCAGGAUCAACUAAAGAAUAAGGUCAAGAAAUUAGUUGCUACCAGUGGCCGGUUUUGUAUAUCUUUUGUUGGUGGAUUCUUUUUGGGUUUCGGCUUAGCCUAAAGCAUAGAAAACGAUUACGAAUAUUGGUCUUUUUACUUCAUCACAUAGAACUACAUAUAUACAUAUACAAUACAUAUAUACAAUAAA